AGUGAAUCAUUAAAACGGAGAUGAUGGUAGUAUCUAUUUUCCAUGGAUAAACUAAAGAUGUGGUAUGGGAAAACAGUACAGAAGAUUUCAAACCUAGAUUAUAGUGCUUAAUUUAUUUACUAGUAUUACUUCAAUGCCUUGUUGUAGUCAAUAUCUUUUCAGCAGUUCUGACUGACCAGGUGUAAUGUUGAUUUACUGUUCACUGUGGUCUUGAUGUGGUAUGUGGCAAUGCCAGUUCACAGGAAGGUUUCAGCCGGUCUGCAAAAUUGUCAAAAAAGAAAGUUCUAUAGAAGGUUAAUAUUGUAAGAAGUGGCCCAUGAAACUUUGGGUUCAGAACCAGCUGGUCCCUAGCUGGAAAAAGAAGGGAAAUGUCAUUUUUCAAAUGUUUAACACUAACAACCAAGGACAAAGAGAAGCAAAAUGCUGUUGUAAUGGGGAGGAAAACCUGGUUUUCUAUUCCUGAGAAGCAUCGCCCUCUAGCUGGAAGAAUUAACAUUGUGCUGAGUCGAGAACUAAAAGAACUGCCUGGUGCUCACCACUUAGUUCCAUCUUUUCAAGAAGUUGUUCAAUUGUUAAAAGAACCAUCACUAGUUAAGAAAAUUGAGAAAAUAUUUGUUAUUGGUGGAAGUUCGUUGUAUAAAGAAGCGAUUGAUUCUUCUUACUGUAGCAAGAUCUAUCUUACUCGUAUAGAUCACGAUUUUCAAUGUGAUGCAUUCUUUCCCGAGCUUGACACUAACAAGUACCUAUUAAUCAGAGAUGCUGAAGUUUUGCAAGAAGAACAAGAAGAAAAUGGUAUCAAGUACAGGUAUGAAGUUUAUAAGAGACAUGCACAGCUGUAACUCUCAUAAUUCCAUACAUAUAUAUGACUGAGUAAAAUAAUCUUAGUUUAUGUAAUAUCUCAGAUUAAUAUUUUGUUACCUGCUUAUACUAUGGAUAUAAAAUUGAAAUAAAGUUUAGACUUGUAUAACAGAAUUUGAAAAACUUUGUAUGGAAUAUUAAUAAACCAGUUAUAUAGUUGUCAA